AUGCCUCGCAAGAAAAACAGCGGCCCUUUGCUCUUUUGCGAAUGGGUCAUUGGCGGCCCGUUGCCCGCCGCGCGCCGCGCCCAUCAACCCAAGCCAAAACCCAAGCCCCCGCCACCGCCGCCGCCUCCUCCUCCUCCACGCGAUGUGAUUCGGGUAGAAGUGACAACCGACGACGAGAAAGAAGAGGACACGCUCAAGAUUACCUUUCCGCGGUCGGGCAGGGCAUCGUCCAAGUCUGCGGCGGCGGCGGUGGCGGAGGAGGCGGCCGAAGCUGUCGUCAAAAAGGUCCGCUUCGAAGAGGACGGGGACAAGAAGAGCUCGACGAAAAAGUCGGCGCUGAAGCAGCCCAAGAGCGAUGAGUCGGAUAGCUCAGCCACGCUGGCAGAGAGCUCGUCGGACGGCGAGUCCGCGGACGCCGCCACCGCCAAGGACCAGCUGGUCUCGUCGGAAGAGAGCUCGAGCGACGGCGAGCCGCACGCGACGUGCAAGUGCUCGCGGUGCGUGAAGCGGCGCAAGAAGAGCAGCGGAAAGUCCAAGACCAAGGACAGCGAGUCGUCCGAGGACAGCAGCAGCGCCGCGUCUUCCGACACGGACGACGGAAAAGCAGCCAAAAAGAAGGCGGACAAGAAGCAGGAGAAGAACAACAACCACCAAAGUCAGGGGAAGAAGAACAAGGACAAGAACAAGGCCAAGAAAAAGGAUGGCGCAGACGCCGAUGACGAAGCGUCCGAGUCGGGCCAGGAGACGACGGAUGAGGAGGAGCGCGAAGAAGCCAAGAAGAAGCCCGCCGCGACCAAGGCGGAGAAGAAGAAGAAGGCUGCGGCCGAGAGGAAGAGUAGAGAGGAGGAAAACAAGGCCGAAGAAGUCGCCUCCCACGCCGCUGUCAACGACAAGAAGCCCGACGCGCCCCAAGCCUACCCCUCUGCCUUUCCCGGCCCGCACGCGCGCCGCCCCAACCUCAUCGGGCCGAUCCGCGCCCAAGUCGUGCAAACCGAGGACGUCGUCGAGACGCCCGACGACCCGCCGCCCAACGCCUUCUACGACGCCGCCGCCAACGUGAUGCGCGUCUACUACGGGCCCGUCUACGGCAACCACCACGGGCAGACGCGGUCCCUCUACCCGCGCCGCGAGGCCGCCGGGCGGCCGCUCCCCGUCGGCGUGCCGCAUCCGUCGCAGAAUCCGUACUAUUACGGCUUUCAGCACGUGCCCGGGUACGACCAGGCUGGCAUGCCGCCGCCGCCGGAGCAGUGGAACGCCAUGGGACAGUUUGCGCAGCCGGGGUUCCCGCCGUUUGUCAAUCCCAUGUUCCAGCAGCAGCAGCAGCAGCAACAGGAGGCAGGCGGGCAGUUCAACAAGGGCGCGUUUAGCAAGAAUAGUCCGGUGGCGGCCCCGAGUGUCAGCCAGGCGGACGACAAGACUGGUGCGAACAAUGUGAUCCCGACAAGCAAGAGUGACGAGAAAAAGACGACGAGUCCGUACUACACGCCCAGCAAAACAGCCGCGGACCUACGUAACGGCAACAGCCCGGCCAAGUCGUCCGCGACACCGGCGCCGGCGCCGGACACGACCCAGCCCAACGACGCCACGUGGGACAACAGCAACAACAGCGGCGGAAACAACAACCCUCCCGCACCGGACGCCAAUACAUGGGGCGACGGCGCAGCGAACAACGGCGGCGGCGGCAACAAUGACAAUUGGAACGCGGACGGCGGCUACGGCAGCGGCGGCGGCGGAAAUUCCUGGGAUAAUAACAACACCAACACCAACAACACUGGAGGAGAAAACUCAUGGGAUCCGCCACCGGCAAGCGAGCCGGCGCCGGCGGAGACCAGCAACGUCAUGCCAGGAUCGUGGGAUUCGAUCCCGAAGCCACCGUCGUCGCCGCCGCCGCCGCCAUGGGGCGACACGAGCAUGGCGCAGAGCACCCGCGGGGCUGCAGAUCAAUGGUAG